AUGAAAGGGCAAACUCGUUUUGGAACCAAGGGCAAGUUAGCACCUCAGUACAUUGGACCGUAUGAUAUCAUUGAGAAAAUUAAUCCGAUGGCAUAUCAAGUAGCUCUUCCUCUCGAUAUGGAACUUAUGCAUAAUGUGUUUCAUGCUUCUAUGUUGUGGGAUUAUCUACGUGACCCUCUCCAUGUCAUUAAGUCGACUCAUGUUCUUUUGAGUGAUGACUAUAUGUAUGAAGAACGACGUAAUCAAAUUGUAAAUCAGCGAAUCAAAAAGUUGAGGAACAAGGAUAUCCCGUUAUUGAAAGUGGAUUGGCAAAAUCACGGUGCAAUUUAUGUGACUUGGGAAAGAGAAGAUGAUAUGAAGAAAAAAUAUCCCGAACUCUUUCCAUUAGACCCUACAUUCUUCUCAGAAGAAGAUGUAUAG